AUUAUUGCUCUUAAAUCCGAAAUUUCGAAUAUCUCAAAAACAUCCUCUCAAUUCUCAAAACCAUACAUUCAAACAGAAUAAAUAAAAUCACUUCAUUAAAUCCCCAAACUUAAUUAAUUAAUCAAGUUAAAUUACAAAAAUGAACACAAAUGUUGUCGUCAAGCUAAAAACAGUUAAAAAAUUAAUCAAACCAUUACAACCUGAUCAACCAUCAUUAGCACACAUUUUCUCUCCCCUCUUUCUUCAUUCCAACAAUGAACAUCACUCACUCUCUCUUCACUGAUGUCACUCUUUCUCUCUCCUCCCAAACACUCCGACCUUCUUCCCUCCACUUUCCGGCGCCGGCGAUUCUAUCUCUCCUACUCCGGCGAGAUGCUGCGCUCUCUCUUUCCUUCCGCCGGUAACGCCUUCUCCGAUUUCGCCUCCGCCGCCGCCGAUAUGCCGUCAGAAAAAACUUUGUUUCUCCGGCGAUCUGUCGCCGCCUUUUGCUUCUUCGCUGCUAUUUUGUUCGUUUACAACUCCGUUCGUUUCUUCGCCGACACUUCUGUUACUAAUCCCGUCGGAUUUUUUCCUGUUCCUGACGGUUUAUCUUCUCAGGUUAGUGAGGAGUCCAGGCUUGAAAAGGUCCUGAAUGAUGCUGCUACGGAAGAUAAAACUAUUAUUAUAACUACACUGAACGAUGCCUGGGCAACGCCUAAUUCCAUCUUUGAUCUCUUCCUAGAAAGCUUUAGGAUUGGACUUCAUACCCGGAGACUUUUGGACCAUCUAGUAGUUGUGGCAUUGGAUGACAAAGCAUAUAGACGGUGCUUAAGUUUACAUCUCCAUUGCUAUGCUCUUUUGACUGAAGGAAUUGAUUUUUCUAAAGAGGCGUACUUUAUGACGCCUGAUUACCUGAAGAUGAUGUGGAGAAGGAUCGAUUUCCUGCGAAGUGUACUUGAAAUGGGAUACAAUUUUGUAUUCACUGAUGCUGAUGUCAUGUGGUUCAGAGAUCCAUUUCCACGAUUCUUUCCUGAAGCUGAUUUUCAAAUAGCAUGUGACCAUUUCUCGGGCAAUUCAUCUACCAUGCAUAAUAGGCCUAAUGGUGGUUUCAAUUACGUUAAAUCAAACAACCGAUCCAUUGAGUUUUACAAGUUUUGGUACUCAUCACAAGAAAACUAUCCUGGCUACCAUGAUCAGGAUGUACUAAAUUUUAUCAAACAUGAUCCAUACAUCACAGAAAUGGGGCUGACGGUGAGAUUUUUAGAUACUGCUUACUUUGGUGGACUGUGUGAACCUAGCAAAGAUUUGAAUGAAGUAUGUACGAUGCAUGCCAAUUGUUGUUAUGGUAUCAAUAGCAAGCUACAUGAUCUUAAGAUUAUGCUUCAAGACUGGAAACUAUUUAUGUCCUUGCCCCUGAGUUUGAAGCGCUCGCAAGCAUAUACCUGGAGGGUCCCAAUGAACUGCAGCCUAAGUGCAUUCCACCCUGCUAAGAUUCCGGCGGAGAGUGAUGAAGAAGAAAAUGAAAAUUGAUUUGUAUAUCACAUUCCAAUUUUACUCGAGAUUAAUUAUUUAUGAUUGGCAAAUUUAGUUCUGCCCUACUUUCCAAACCUAGAGUGGCUAGAGGGGUGGAUAGAGGGCACCACGAGGUCCAAAGAGGUCCCUUGUCUCUAGGCUUUGAGGUAUUUCGAGUCAUUAAUCAUGCCUAGUUUUGUUGAAUUAUAUUUUGAACUAGGUUGGUAGAUGAUAUUAGCUAGGAGGAACUAAGCUUUAGUACACAAAAAAUUGUACAGUGUAAACUGUAAAGUAAUUGCGGUGUAGAAAUGUAAGGGUUUAUUUUGUAAGAUGCAGGAUUGAGUUAUCAAAUUACUUGUUCAGUAA